AUGAACUGCGACCAUGGCUUACAACUUGUCCAGAACUUACUAUGGUCGUUGAAACCUUGUCAAACUAGGGCCCUGAUUCAGAACUCCGAGUUCAUCGCAUGCGUCCAGAGCCUUAUUACCCUACACAAUUUGCAUCACACUGCGGGUUGGUCGGUGACUCCCGAGCCUUCUUCUGGAUUCUACAAUAGCUAUGCAGACUCGCCAUUGGCAGUGAGACAAUUGCUGUCUUGCGCCGGAAACAACGAAAAGGACGAUAUUCUAGUCUUCACCAACCAGCUCUCUGAGGUAUGGCACAUGGCAAGCUGCUACGCCGCCCGCCCAGCAGACUCGAACACCUUGCCCCCUUGGAAACCGGACUCCGACUACUCACACAUCAUGUCGAGACACCUCGAUAUCGACAGCCGGGUACCGACCAAGUACCGCUGGCGCGAGAACAACUUGAAGUUCCAGGAACUCGAUUCUGCCGAGCUUCAGGAGCAGAGAGGUUACUGGGGGCCAUGGCUUUUCGUGCAAUUCGUCUAUGCUGCGAUCCCCUGCCUGCUGAAUCACCCGUUCUUGCUCUCGAUGAGGCUUCGAAACUUCCGGCACACGAUGCCGCAAUCUUUCAUCCAGCAAUCCUUUGAACAGAUCACGCGCCACGCGGGCUGGAUCAUGUACUUCCUUGACUUGCUCGAAAGCAAGACAUUUCAGAUCUCGGACCCUGUCUUGGGCCAGUGCGUUGCUAUUAUAGCUACGAUUCACCUCCAACACAGCUUUGUGCGUAAUGACACACUUCGUGCCAGGGCUCAGACCGGGUUCGAGAAGUGUAUGGUGUUCUUGCGGGGACUCGGGCGUAUAUGGCCUAACAUAAGCGUCACGGCAGAUAAGUUACAGAGACUACAAAAAAGCGUCGUGGGUGUUGUGGACGCUUCUACUGCACGACUGAAUGACCAUGCACCGGAAGGGCAAACCUGGUCAAUCGAUGCAGCAUUACUAUGGGAAUUGUUGGUCUACGAGAAGGCAGGAUACUCCAGCUUAUCUGAGAACCUUUCAUCAGUAUUUGGAGACACGCUUCUGCCAACUUCGUUGGCUCCAGAGAUGGAGGCAGGAGAGGUCGAGACAGAGUUCGACUUGAUCGGCUCCGAGGGCAUUGCUGGUCACAAGACGGUUCACAAGGAGACACCUCUUCAUGCUCCAGGACAAGAUGCAACCAUUCUGGACUCAAGCUUACCCAUUCCGAGAGCCACUUCUGUCCCGGAAGCAGUCCCAGGAGCUAUAUCGCCACCAUUUAUGAACGCGGUGGGCCGGACUCAGAGCCCACCGGGAUUUUUCCUAGGAGCUGAUGCUUACAAUAGAACGAUUGAUGCGUGGUUGGACUUGGACCUGUGA